AUGUAUGGUGGCAUCUACAGAGGCACUAAAGUAAAGAACGCUCAAGACAACGGUAUGAUUGGCGCAGUUCUAUUCACCGAUCCCCUUGACGAUGGCGAGAUCACGGUUGCAAACGGCUAUGCUGCAUACCCAGAUGGUCCGGCUCGCAACCCUUCAAUGAUUCAAAGGGGCAGCGUCCGCUUCUCCUCUCUUUACUCCGGAGACCCUUCUACUGUUGGGUACGCAUCGGAGAAGGAUGGCCCGAGGAACGACGUCACACCAUACAACCCGACCAUUCCUUCAGUACCUAUUAGUAUGAAGGAUGCGGCUCCCCUGCUCGCUGCUCUGGAUGGAAAUGGAAUUUCUGCUGAAAAGGUCAACCGUAGCAGUUGGAUUGGUGCGCUACCCAACAUCACUUACAGUAGCGGACCAACGCCCGGAGCAACGCUGGACAUGGUUCAUUUCAUGAACCAGACAAUUGCCCCAGCUUGGGACGUAAUUGGCGUAAUUAACGGAACCAAGGAGGAUGAAGUGCUCAUAAUCGGAAACCACCGCGACGCUUGGGUUAUCGGAGGCGCUGCAGACCCCAAUUCAGGUUCGGCUGUUCUAAUUGAGCUUGCGAGAGCUUUUGGCAAGCUUGUAGAGAAGGGAUGGAAGCCAAGGAGAACAAUCAUCCUUGGUUCUUGGGAUGCUGAGGAGUUCGGCCUUCAAGGCUCGACUGAAUGGGUUGAGAGCCACCUGCCAUGGCUCGUUACGAACACUGUAGCCUACCUCAAUUUGGAUGUCGCCGUCUCUGGCCCGCGUACAGCUCUUUCUGGAUCAGGCGAGAUUCAGACAAUAGCUAUUGAAAUGAUGAAGAAGGUUCUUUUCCCCGAGGACUGGGGUGUUGGCCCGACAUUGUACGACAUGUGGUUCAACACUACAGAGGGUGAAAUAGCACCUUUAGGAAGUGGCAGUGAUUACGCCGCUUUCUAUCACAACGGUAUCAGCGCGAUCGACAUGGGAUCUGAUGGUGGAAAAACUGAUCCUGUUUAUCACUACCAUGGACACUAUGACUCGUACGCAUGGAUGGCCAAGUUCGGAGACCCAGGCUUCAAGAUUCACAGGGUGAUGGGUCAAUGGAUCUCGCUGAUUGCUUAUCACAUCGCUAACGACGUUAUCAUCCCGUGGGACAUGCCUAACGCGGGAAGAGUUCUCCGCACUUACUACGAGGAUCUCAACGAAACUAUUGCCGAAGAUUAUCCUUCGCUGAAUCUCGACUUGUCACUUAUUCAGGACGCGGUUACCAAGUUUGAAACAGCGGCAGAACGUAUCAGUACAGUUGCAAAGCAAGCACUAGCCUUUAACGAUACUGUUCUUAUCGACGUAGUGAACAGCAAGUACCGUGACUUCUCUCGCGGAUUCGCCAGCGUGGGUGGCCUCCCCGGACGUCCGACAUUCCACAAUGUCAUCAGCGCUCCUGGCCUUGAUAACGGCUACGGAGCUGACGUCUUCCCCGCGAUUCAAGACAGUUUGAGUUCCGACAAUGAAGAACAGGCACGCGAGUGGGUUGAGAAAAGCGCACUCGCAGUCUCUCGCGCCGCGGAGAUCUUGCAUAUCUAA